UUGCCCAGGCAGGCACCGUUUGCUGAGGGAUUUUUGUUUUGUUGUGUUAUUUUUUUUGGUUGUGUUGUCUUUUUCCUUGGCGCGCUGUGGGGGUGUCUCGCACCCCGACCCCCCGCAUGAGGAGAGGAGUGUAAUAGACCCAGGUGGGGAUCCACGCAGAAGAUCGCAGCGUUUCAUUUAUAUUUUUGGUCAAUUUCACCGGCAAAGAAGUAAACAUGGCGAGUGAUUCUCCGGCUCGGAGCCUGGAUGAGAUAGAUCUCUCAGCCCUGAGGGAUCCUGCAGGUAUCUUUGAACUGGUGGAACUUGUUGGCAAUGGAACAUAUGGGCAAGUCUAUAAGGGUCGUCAUGUUAAAACAGGACAGCUUGCUGCGAUUAAGGUUAUGGACGUCACCGGGGAUGAAGAGGAGGAGAUCAAACAGGAAAUUAACAUGCUAAAGAAAUAUUCUCAUCACCGAAAUAUAGCCACAUAUUAUGGAGCUUUUAUUAAAAAGAACCCACCCGGAAUGGAUGAUCAGCUCUGGCUGGUGAUGGAGUUCUGUGGUGCUGGCUCUGUCACUGACCUGAUCAAGAACACAAAAGGGAACACUUUGAAGGAGGAGUGGAUUGCGUACAUCUGCAGGGAGAUUUUACGGGGUUUGAGUCAUCUACACCAGCAUAAAGUAAUUCAUCGAGACAUCAAGGGGCAGAAUGUAUUGCUGACAGAAAAUGCAGAAGUUAAACUAGUGGAUUUCGGUGUCAGCGCUCAGCUCGACAGAACAGUGGGUAGAAGAAACACCUUCAUUGGAACUCCUUAUUGGAUGGCUCCUGAAGUCAUUGCCUGUGAUGAAAAUCCUGAUGCCACUUACGACUUCAAGAGUGACUUAUGGUCUUUGGGGAUAACAGCCAUCGAGAUGGCAGAAGGUGCUCCUCCCCUUUGUGACAUGCAUCCCAUGAGAGCUCUGUUCCUCAUCCCCCGGAAUCCAGCCCCUCGGUUGAAAUCGAAGAAGUGGUCUAAAAAAUUCCAGUCAUUCAUUGAGAGCUGCCUAGUGAAGAACCACAGUCAGAGACCAACGACCGAACAGCUGAUGAAGCACCCAUUUAUUCGAGACCAGCCUAAUGAAAGGCAGGUUCGCAUCCAGCUUAAGGACCAUAUUGAUAGGACUAAGAAGAAGCGAGGAGAAAAAGAUGAGACAGAGUAUGAAUACAGUGGAAGUGAGGAAGAGGAAGAAGAAAAUGACUCUGGAGAACCCAGUUCCAUCCUAAAUCUGCCUGGAGAGUCAACACUGAGACGGGAUUUCUUGAGGCUUCAGCUAGCAAAUAAGGAGCGUUCAGAGGCCCUCCGACGGCAGCAGCUGGAGCAGCAGCAGCGAGAGAAUGAAGAGCACAAGCGGCAACUGCUAGCAGAGCGGCAAAAGCGGAUUGAGGAGCAGAAGGAGCAAAGGCGAAGGCUAGAGGAGCAGCAGAGAAGAGAGAAGGAGAUGAGGAAGCAGCAGGAAAGAGAGCAGAGGCGGCAUUAUGAGGAGCAGAUGCGCCGAGAGGAAGAGAGGAGGCGUGCAGAGCACGAGCAGGAGUACAUCAGGCGACAGUUAGAGGAGGAGCAGAGACAGUUAGAGAUCCUGCAGCAGCAGUUACUGCAGGAACAAGCUCUACUUCUGGAGUAUAAGCGCAAACAGUUAGAGGAGCAGAGACAAGCGGAGAGGCUGCAGAGGCAACUUCAACAGGAGCGAGACUACCUGGUCUCCCUGCAGCAGCAGCAGCAGCAACGGCAAGACCAGAGGCCAGCAGAGAAGAAGCCGCUGUACCAUUACAAGGAGGGAAUGAAUGCAAGUGAGAAGCCAGCUUGGGCCAAGGAGGUAGAGGAACGUUCUCGACUCAACCGGCAAAGCUCCCCAGCAAUGCCUCACAAAGUGGCUAACAGGAUAUCUGAUCCAAACCUGCCUCCUCGUUCAGAGUCCUUUAGCAUUAGUGGCGUGCAGCCAGCUCGGACACCACCCAUGCUCAGACCAGUGGAUCCACAGAUUCCACAUCUGGUCAGUGUGAAAUCCCAAGGAACCUCCUUGUCUGGCUCUCAGUCACUGCACGAACAACCCGCAAAGGGAAUGGCUGGGUUUCAGGAGGCUCUGACGGUGACCUCUCACCGCACUGAGAUGCCAAGGCAGAACUCGGACCCCACCUCAGAAAACCCUCCUCUCCCCCCUCGCAUUGAAAAGUUUGACCGAAGUUCUUGGUUACGACAGGAGGAGGACGUUCCACCAAAGGUGCCUCAGCGAACAACUUCCAUAUCCCCAGCACUAGCUAGAAAGAACUCCCCUGGGAAUGGCACUGCGUUGGGAGCUAGAUUAGGAUCACAGCCCAUCAGAGCAAGUAACCCUGACCUGAGGAGAACUGAGCCCAUCAUUGAAAGUCCCCUACAGAGGACCAGUAGUGGCAGCUCCUCCAGUUCCAGCACCCCCAGCUCCCAGCCUAGUUCCCAGGGAGGAUCCCAGCCUGGUUCCCAAGCUGGCUCCAGUGAACGUAAUAGAGUCAGAGGAAAUGCCAAACCUGAAGGGUCACCUGUGCUCUCUCAUGAGCCAUCUAAGAUGAAACAGGAGGACAGCAGGGAUGUGACACGACCAAGCCGACCUGCUAGCUAUAAGAAAGCUAUAGAUGAGGACCUGACUGCGUUAGCCAAAGAGUUGAGGGAACUGCGUAUCGAAGAGACCAAUCGCCCUCUGAAAAAGGUGACUGACUACUCUUCCUCUAGCGAGGAAUCAGAAAGCAGUGAAGAGGAAGAGGAGGAUGGUGAAAGUGAAACGCACGAUGGGACAGUGCCUGUCAGUGACAUCCCAAGACUUAUACCAACAGGAGUUCCUGGAAGCAAUGAGCCAUACAACAUAGGAAUGGUGGCAUCCCAUGGUCUAGAAACACCCCAUGCAGAUACAUUUAGCAGUAUUUCCAGGGAAGGGACUUUAAUGGUAAGGGAGACCACUGGUGAAAAAAAGCGUUCUAGCCAUGCAGCCAGCAAUGGCUUUGCUGGGCACAUCAAUCUCCCUGAUCUGGUGCAGCAAAGCCACUCGCCUGCAGGCACACCGACUGAGGCCCUGGGGCGAGUCUCCACGCAUGCGCAAGACAUGGACUCAGUGGCUGAAUAUGGCAUGGGAAGUAGCACCAAAGCCUCUUUCACUCCGUUUGUGGAUACCAGAGUGUAUCAGACCUCCCCUACUGAUGAGGAUGAAGAUGAUGAUGAGGAAUCAUCUGCUACAGCACUGUUUACCAGUGAACUGCUUAGACAAGAACAGGCCAAACUGAAUGAGGCAAGGAAAAUCUCUGUGGUAAAUGUGAACCCUACCAAUAUCCGCCCUCACAGCGACACGCCAGAGAUCCGGAAGUACAAGAAGCGCUUCAAUUCGGAAAUACUUUGUGCUGCUUUAUGGGGUGUGAACCUACUAGUGGGUACAGAAAAUGGACUGAUGCUGUUGGAUCGAAGUGGCCAAGGAAAGGUCUACAACCUGAUCAACAGAAGGCGAUUUCAACAGAUGGAUGUGCUAGAGGGACUUAAUGUCCUUGUAACAAUAUCAGGAAAGAAGAACAAGCUGCGAGUUUACUACCUUUCAUGGUUAAGAAAUAGAAUUUUACACAAUGACCCUGAAGUAGAAAAGAAGCAAGGCUGGAUUACUGUUGGAGACUUGGAAGGCUGCAUACAUUACAAAGUUGUGAAAUAUGAAAGAAUCAAGUUCUUGGUGAUUGCCUUAAAGAAUGCUGUAGAGAUAUAUGCUUGGGCUCCUAAACCAUAUCACAAGUUUAUGGCAUUUAAGUCUUUUGCAGAUCUCCAGCACAAACCGUUGCUUGUGGACCUCACAGUAGAAGAGGGUCAAAGAUUGAAGGUUAUCUUUGGAUCGCACACUGGAUUCCAUGUGAUUGAUGUAGAUUCGGGGAACUCUUAUGAUAUCUAUAUACCAUCUCACAUUCAGGGCAAUAUCACUCCUCACGCCAUUGUCAUCCUGCCGAAAACGGAUGGGAUGGAGAUGCUCGUGUGCUAUGAGGAUGAAGGGGUGUAUGUGAACACCUAUGGACGGAUCACUAAAGACGUGGUGCUGCAGUGGGGAGAAAUGCCUACUUCUGUGGCCUACAUUCAUUCCAAUCAAAUAAUGGGCUGGGGAGAAAAAGCUAUUGAGAUCCGUUCAGUGGAGACAGGACAUUUGGAUGGAGUAUUUAUGCACAAGCGAGCUCAAAGGUUAAAAUUUCUAUGUGAAAGAAAUGAUAAGGUAUUUUUUGCAUCAGUGAGAUCUGGAGGAAGUAGCCAAGUUUUUUUCAUGACCCUCAACAGAAAUUCCAUGAUGAACUGGUAA